AUGGCCGGUGUUAAAUCUUACGUACUAAGAACCAAGUCUAAGGAGCAAUUGGAAUCCCAAUUGGUUGACUUGAAGAAGGAGUUGGCUUCUUUGAAGGUCCAAAAGUUGUCCAGACCUUCUUUGCCAAAGAUCCACACUGUCAGAAAGGACAUUGCUCGUGUCUUGACCAUCAUCAACGAAAACCAAAGACAAGCUGUCAGAGAGUUGUACAAGGGUGCCAAGUACCAGCCAAAGGACAUGAGAGCUAAGAAGACCAGAGCUUUGAGAAGAGCUUUGACCAAGUUCGAAGCUUCUCGUGUCACUCCUAAGCAAAAGAAGAAGCAAAUCGCUUUCCCACAAAGAAAGUUCGCUAUCAAGGCUUAA